AUGAAUGAAAAUAACAAGUUACUUCUCGCGAUAAAAGAAGACGGUGCUGACAUCAUAGGCUACACUGUUUGGUCACUAAUGGACAAUUUUGAAUGGAUGUUCGGUUAUACUUUAUCUUUGCUAUGGAAGACAGGAGAAUGUACAGAUUUAAAAUUUCCUCCAGGAUUUAAAUUCGGGGCUGCAACUUCUGCGUACCAGAUUGAAGGGGCUUGGAAUGUAAGUGAUAAAGGUGAGAAUAUCUGGGACCGUUCAAUCCACGAUAAUUCAAGCAUCAUAGCAGAUGGAAGUAGUGGAGACGUGGCAUGCAACUCGUAUUAUUUGUGGAAAGAAGACAUUCACAUGGCUCAUGAAUUAGGACUGCAUUUUUAUAGGUUCUCUAUAUCAUGGACGAGAAUUUUGCCAACAGGUUUCCUAAACAAAGUGAGCAAAGACGGUGUAAAAUAUUAUAAUAAGUUAAUAGAUGGCUUAAUAAGGAAAGGGAUAGAGCCUCUUGUCACGUUAUACCAUUUUGAUUUACCACUUUCUAUCCAGAAUCUAGGUGGCUGGGCAAACCCUCUGAUAGCAGAUUGGUUUGCUGAUUACGCUAGAAUAGUUUUCUCAUUAUACGCCGACAGAGUUAAGAUGUGGAUCACUAUCAAUGAGCCCCUCUUUGUUUGUGACCACGUUUAUAAUGCAGGAGAACUUGUACCACUAAUAAAAGAAAAGGAAAGAGGUUCAUUCAUUUGUAACAAGAACCUUUUGAUAGCCCAUGCAAAAGCUUGGAGGAUAUAUGAAGAAAAUUUUAAGCAGAAAUAUCAUGGAAAAGUGUCAAUAGCAAACAACCCUAUGUGGCUUGAACCGAUAUCGGAACAGGAUGAGGAACUAGCAGAACUUGCAAGGGAAUUUAGUACUGGGCGAUAUUCACAUCCAAUAUAUUCAAACGAAGGGGGCUGGCCAGAACCAGUCCAAGAGCUAAUGGCUGAAUACAGUACAAAACAAGGAUACCCGUAUUCUAAUCUUCCAUCAUUUAGUGAAGAAGAAAAGAAAUUAAUUCAAGGGACAUAUGAUUUCUAUAGUUUGAAUUUCUAUACAAGUCGUAUGAUUCGACGGGCACGUCAUAACGAAGUACCCGGGCCAUGGUUCCUCAUGGGGUCGAAGGAGCUAAACGCAAUUUUAGAAGCAAACCCAAAAUGGCCACAUAGUGAUAUUGCAUUUCUCUCGAUAACACCAGAGGGUAUUCGUCACCAAAUCAAGUGGAUACGAAAGAAAUAUGGCAACGUUAGCAUACUUAUAUCUGAAAACGGUAUAGGCACUAUGGAUACGGGAAUGUACGACACUAUACGAAUUGGAUUUAUACGAGACUAUUUAAAACAGUUACUUCUCGCGAUAAAAGAAGACGGUGCUGACAUCAUAGGCUACACUGUUUGGUCACUAAUGGACAAUUUUGAAUGGAUGUUCGGUUAUACUAUAAAAUUUGGGCUCUACCAUGUAGACUUCAACGAUCCUUUACGAAAGCGCACUCCUCGAGCGUCCGCCUACUACUAUUCUAGUAUCAUCAAGCACCACUCCUUAGACGUUCCUCAUCAUUCACAUUAUAAGCAAAAAGUUCACACUCCAACUCCCAAUGGCGCUGUUAAUGUAAAAUACUCCACAGUUUUAAUUAUUUUCACCUGUUACACAUAUUAUUUUAUUAUGAUUCAAAAA